UGGUAGCAUGAGCAAUGAUCGUGAGCCCACGUUCCGCUUGCCGCUAACCUGUCUCUCGCUCAAACAAAAGUGUAAAGUACCGAAGCGUUCUCUUGCGGCACUCGUUAGUGUCCUGAUACAGCACUUCACCGAACUCGGACGGUUACACUGCUGCUCCACCGGGCUCCAACCAAAGUCACUGCGAUUUCGAAAAGAGAUCUACAUCCGACAUGGCCACACGCUGCCAGUCGCACCUCUGGAUUGGUCACCUUCAAAGGAUGAUUUAUUUCUCACUCGUAUUCGCCAGUGCUGCGCAGCCCUCUGAUGCGGACACUCGUAAAUCACGGCCCCACAUUGUGUUCAUCUUGGCCGACGACCUGGGAUGGGCCGACGUGAGCUUCCACGGUUGCCCGCAGAUCCCAACGCCAAACCUCGAUGCUCUGGCCAGCACGGGAGUGCUGCUCAACAACCACUACGUGCAGCCCACCUGCUCUCCUUCCCGGGGGGUGCUGCUCACUGGCCGCUACGCCAUACACAUUGGCUUCCAGGAACAACCGUUGGUACCACGACAACUUGGGGGUCUAUCUCUCGACACAAAGAUCAUGCCUGAAUAUUUGAACGACUUGGGAUACGAGUCACAUAUCCUUGGAAAGUGGCACCUGGGAUACUUCAGCUUCAACUACACUCCAACAUACCGUGGCUUCGACAGCUUCGUUGGAAUGCACGUCGGUCCCACAGACUAUUAUACUCAUGUGCUGAAAUGGGAUGGACAUAAGGGUCUCGACUUGUGGGACAACACUGAGCCUCUCACAACAGAGAAUGGAACGUACGGUACUGAUUUGUUCACAGAGCGGGCCAAGUCGGUUAUCGCCAACAGGGACAAGUCAAAGCCGUUGUUUCUCUACUUCGCGCAACAAGCGACUCAUGGCGGUGUCGGACCAGAACCGAUCGAAGCUCCCGCAGAGAACGUCGCCAAGUUUCCAUACAUCCACGAGGACGCAAGGAAAGUUUACGCAGGCAUGACUGACGCCUUGGACCAGUCCGUAGGUAUCUUGGUGGAAGCACUGGACGAGGCUUCCAUGCUUCGCGACACCAUAAUAGUUUUCAGCAGCGACAACGGUGGUGCUCCUUCGGGCCCCGUCUCCAACCGAGGCAUCAAUUGGCCUCUGCGUGGAGCCAAGGACAGCCUCUACGAAGGUGGAAUCCGUUCGCCCGCGUUCCUCUGGACUCCCGACCUGCUACCCCGUCGACGAGUGUCACACCAGCUGAUGCAUGCCGCCGACUGGCUUCCGACGCUCUAUUCGGCGGCUGGAGGCGACGUGGAUAAACUUCCCCCACUGGAUGGUUUCGACAUGUGGCGGGCGCUCACCGACGGCGAGGAGUCGCCACGAUCAGAGAUCCUGGUCAACAUUAACGCGCCGGCUGGCGAAGCGGCGCUGCGCUACCGCAACUGGAAGCUGGUCAUCGGAGACUUCGGCGAAUUCAACCAGCGCAUCGAGAUUCCGGGAGGCAGCCGGCCCUACGAAGGCCUCGACGAAAUGAUGAGCAAUUCGAGAGCAGCAGCUGUGCUCAAACGCCUGUACGGCAGAGACGACGUGUUUGAGCACGCCGGCCAGUGGAGACGAGAAGCGACGCUCACGUGCGGAGAUGACGCCGCUGCCAACGCGAACUUCUCGCCAGGAGCACCGUACUACGUGUUCGACAUCACGAACGAUCCAUGCGAGCUUCACAACUUGUCCGAAGAACGGCCAGAAAUCUUGUCAAUGCUGUUGGAGAAACUUGAGGCCUACAACAAGACCGUUGUGCCACCCGUGAACGACACAGUGGAUCCCCUAGGCGCCCCAGAACGUCACAACGGUGUCUGGGCCCCGUGGGUGUACUGACUACGCGAAGGAUGGCGAUGCACUCUCGAUUCGUAAAGGCUUAUGGCACCUGAAGGAGAAACAACAGCGCCGCUUAUGCAGCUUGCUAGAAUUAAUAGUCUGUGUUAGAGUGACAGUACACACACACACCAAUUUAAUAAAGAAAAGGCCACCGAAAGACGGCACUGAAUACAUUAAAGUUUUCUCUCCUUAUUCGUGGUCUUCUUUAUCUUGCCCGUGUGUGGCUUUCCAGUUGUUGUAAUAGAGAAGUCUAAAAAUAGGGUCUCAUGCUUCAGUGUUGUUGCCAACAAUAACCUUUCUCUCGCGCUAUCAGCAACAACAAAUACGUGACGAAAUGAUUAACACUGCAUACAUAAGUAUCAAAACGACCGCUUGCAUGCGCCCUCCCCUCAUGUAAUCAGUCAGAUGUUUGUAAGUGCUUUUUGCUGCUGUUCCACGUGUCCUGUGUUUACCUCUUUCUGCAGACCACCUAUACCGAUUAUUCACUAAAUAAACGUAUUGCAUUCGAA